CCAGAGGGACAGCCUUAGUGAGCCCUGACAUUCUAUGACAAACUGAACCAUGAAGUUCCAGAAAGUAAUAAGUUGGGACAGCUAAAUGCAUGCCAAAAAGAAAACUGCUCCUUGGAUUUUUUCAAUCAAGUAGCACUAUAUUUGGACUGGAAACAGCCUGUGGACAAGCAGGAAUAACCAUUAGAAGGCAAGUGAAAAGUUCCAAGCAGAUGAUACUACAGUCAAGGAAGAAACAACUUGAGCGUAUCUGGGCACGUUUCCAUACUGACUCAAGCAACACUUUUUCCCAUGACAUCAGACUGAAAACAACCAAUAUAUUAUAGCCCAUAUGUUGAUUAAAGAAAACCCAAGCAGUGCAGAGACGUGCGCCAGCCUACUGAACACGACUGAACAAAAACUGGACUGCUUGCAAGGCAUGGAAGUUAAUAAAACAAAUAAAAAGCCCCAAGUUUCCAGGAUAAGAAGCCUGGGUAAGACUUCUCAGCAAGAUGAGGUUGUGAAUACCAAGAGAAAUGGUUAAUGCAUGGUUUGCUGAGAGAGUUCAUACCAUCCCUGUCUGCAAGGAGGGGACCAAGUCUCAGAGUGAAUCCUGUGCUUGUCACCAGCCUGCCUGCCCUGAGACCACCAACUCUGGAACACCAGCAAGGAAAAUCUCUGCUUCAGAAUUUGACAGACCCUUGAGGCCGAUUUUUGUCAAGGACUCGGUAGGAGCAGUAAGCUUCCUCUCUGGCUCUGAAAAGAAGGAACAGAUGCCUCUGCAAUCUCCAAGGACUGGGACCAAUGCAGGGGAUCGGUGCUCAAGGCUUUUAGAACUUGUGAAAGACAUUUCUAGUCAUUUGGAUGUCACAGCACUUUGCCAUAAAAUUUUCCUACAUAUCCAUGAGCUUAUAGCUGCUGAUCGCUAUUCCUUGUUCUUGGUCUGUGAGGAUAGCUCUAACGAGAAGUUUCUUGUAAGCAGGCUGUUUGAUGUGGCUGAAGGUUCCACCCUGGAAGAAGCUUCAAAUAACUGCAUUCGCCUGGAGUGGAACAAGGGCAUCGUGGGCCACGUAGCUGCUACAGGCCAGCCUUUGAAUAUCAAGAAUGCAUAUGAGGAUCCAAGAUUCAAUGCAGAAGUUGACCAGAUCACAGGGUAUAAGACUCAGAGUAUUCUCUGUAUGCCAAUAAAGAAUCAUAGGGAAGAGGUUGUUGGCGUGGCUCAAGCAAUUAAUAAGAAAUCUGGAACGGGUGGGACUUUCACGGAACAAGAUGAAAAGGAUUUUGCUGCAUAUUUGGCAUUUUGUGGAAUUGUUCUUCACAAUGCUCAGUUGUAUGAAACAUCUUUGCUUGAAAACAGGCGUAAUCAGGUGCUUCUUGAUCUUGCCAGCCUUAUUUUUGAAGAACAGCAGUCUUUGGAAGUCAUUCUGAAGAAGAUAGCUGCCACUAUAAUAUCCUUCAUGCAGGUGCAGAGGUGUACCAUUUUCAUAGUGGACGAAGAUUGCACUGAUUCAUUUUCGAGUGUGUUUCAUAUGGAAGCUGAGGAAUUAGAAGAUUCAGCAGAAAAUCAGAAGAGGGACUAUGAUACAAACAAAAUCAAUUAUAUGUAUGCUCAGUAUGUGAAGAAUACAAUGGAGCCUCUCAACAUCCCAGAUGUCUGUAAAGACAGAAGAUUUCCCUGGACAACUGACAGUGCAGAAAGUGUAAGUCAACAUAUAAAGAGUUUGCUGUGUACGCCAAUAAAAAAUGGGAAAAAGAAUAAGGUGAUAGGGGUUUGCCAGCUUGUGAAUAAGAUGGAAGAAAACUCAGGCAAGAUCAAGGCUUUCAACAGAAAUGAUGAGCAGUUUCUGGAAGCAUUUGUCAUCUUUUGUGGCUUGGGGAUUCAGAAUACACAGAUGUAUGAAGCUGUAGAAAGAGCAAUGGCCAAACAGAUGGUGACAUUAGAGGUUCUCUCAUACCAUGCUUCUGCUGCUGAGGAGGAAACAAGGGAGCUGCAGGUAACAGCGGCAGCUGUAGUACCAUCUGCACAAUCUCUCAACCUGACUGACUUCAACUUCAGUGAUUUUGAGCUAUCAGAUUUUGAAACAACACUGUGUACAAUUCGAAUGUUCACAGACCUCAACUUGGUGCAGAAUUUCCAAAUGAAACAUGAGGUUCUCUGCAGAUGGAUUUUAAGCGUGAAGAAAAAUUAUCGGAAAAAUGUUGCUUAUCACAAUUGGAGACAUGCCUUUAAUACAGCACAGUGCAUGUUUGCUGCUUUAAAAUCUGGUAAAAUUCAGAGCAAACUGACUGACUUGGAAACACUGGCUUUGCUGAUAGCAACUCUAAGCCAUGAUUUGGAUCACAGGGGAGUGAACAAUUCUUACAUACAAAGAAGUGAACAUCCACUGGCUCAACUGUACUGCCACUCCAUCAUGGAGCACCACCAUUUUGAUCAAUGCCUGAUGAUCCUGAAUAGUCCAGGAAAUCAGAUUCUCAGCAGCCUUUCCAUUGAAGAAUACAAGGCAACACUGAAAAUGAUAAAACAAGCCAUCCUUGCAACAGACCUAGCACUAUACAUAAAGAGGAGAGGAGAAUUUUUUGAACUUCUAAGGAAAAAGCAGUUUAAUUGGGAAGAUCCUAUGCAGAAGGAGCUAUUUUUAGCAAUGCUGAUGACUGCUUGUGAUUUAUCAGCUAUAACCAAACCAUGGCCAGUUCAGCAACGGAUUGCUGAGCUUGUAGCUACUGAGUUCUUUGAUCAGGGAGAUAAAGAGCGGAAGGAGCUCAACAUAGAACCAACAGAUCUAAUGAACAGAGAGAAGAAAAACAAAAUUCCAAGCAUGCAGGUUGGAUUCAUUGAUGCUGUUUGCUUGCAGCUGUAUGAGGCCCUAACACAUGUAUCAGAGGCCUGCUACCCUUUACUGGAUGGCUGUAGAAAAAAUAGGCAGAAAUGGCAAUCCUUAGCUGAACAACAAGAGAAGAAUCUGAUUAAUGGAGAAAGCAAUCAAGCCAAACGGAACUGAGAUGCCGAUUUAAAAACCACAAGCUUAAGUUCACAUAGAAGACAUAGUAAUAGGGAAGUACUGCAUUCUACUAAACACUGUAUGGAUUUGGAUUCUGUUUUUGCCACUGCUGUAUUAUUUUUCCACAUUUCAAUAUAUAGCAUGAUGGUGUAUAUGCCAAGACCAUAUAAUUCUUCUAUUACAUCUAAUGAGAUGGAAAAAGAUCUGCAGUUAGUUUACACUAACCUACUCCAUAGAAGGUAUGAGUGCAGUUUACUCGAGUGUCCCUGAGAGCCUAAUUACUUCAUAGAUGUAUAUAUAGUUGUUCAGUGAUUAUGUUGUGGCCAGUAUCUUAAAGACUACUGCAUUUCGCACCUUUUUGCCUCUUUCAGUCUUGCUGUGUUAGGCUGUAAAAGAAAUGCACAGUCUUGCCUGUUAUCUUCCCAGAGGUUUAGAAGAAAAACUGGGACUAAUGCUGGCAAGCCUGAUCCAGCAUCUACUAUACCAACCUCUUCCAGAAAACAGAACUGGGCUUUGAAGUGGAGAAGCCCCAGAAUUUUGUACCCAGUAGCCUUUUCAUAUUGUAAGAAUGUCUUAGCAAUGUGUUACAUUUUAAAAAAACCCUGUGAGUUACGAGGCAAUGGGGGGCUUAGGAGUUUUGUGGUACAGGUGUCAUAAUUACCCACAGAUAAUGGAAAUUGCUUGAAGACUGAUGGAAUACAUCACAACGUAGCUGACAGGCUGCGUGCCUUGGAAGAACGACCGCAAGAAGCAGAGAAAUUGAAACUAAACAAGAUAUUUCUGUAUGUUCAUUUUAACUUCAUUUUGAAGUUGAAAACAUUUUCAUAACAAAUAAACUGAAUCACAGGCGGGAAAGGAGAAGAAAUGUGACUGCAAGAGCAAGGGAUGAAAAUCCAAAUCGGAAUGAUGCAGGAAUGGCAUGCUUCCAGUAACCAUCAGUGGCCGGUGCUAUUAAUGACCAUCAAUAGGCCAGUGUUGUUAUGAAAUGGCUAUGACCACUUUGAAGAAAGUAUUAUGUUAACAUAUUUUUAAAAAUAUUUUUAGCACUCGUUAGCAUUAAAAAUUAUCUAUCACUAUGUCUUAAAGGAAUAUGAAAAAAGAAUACCGAAAGCAAAAAUAGCCCAGAAUGCUACAGGGAUUUACUGUUUGUACAUAAGGAUCAACAUUCAGCAAACUAAGAAUCAAUUAGCUUGCACUAGGAAAAGAAGGCAUUGAUAUUUCAUUCAAACAAAGAUGAUUAAUACAAAUGAUUUUGAACUCAUCACUGGGAGCCAAUUCACGAAAAUAUACACAAAAAACAGUCAAAAAAAUAAAGCAGUACAAGCAGAGUACAAUUUCAUCGAGCAGGAUUAAAAAAUUAAUGUCAGCAUUCUUAGACUGGUGAGCAGUAAUUUCAGUUACACAGAGACAGAAAAUGUUGAUUUUUUUUUUUUUUUUUUUUUAAUCUUUAGUAAUGAGGCGGUAGUUAAAAUUAAUAAAAGUAAUACAUUUGGGAUUAGACUUUCAAAUCCAGGAGUUAGUUUGUAUUGCAGUAAUCCAGAAAAUUCUAGUUGAAAACUGCAAUGCAUUUAGUCUUCCCAGGAGAUUAUCAAUCCCACCUGCAGUAGCCAGUCAGAAGGACACUGGAAAGGAGCUCUUUUUGUCAGUCUCUGCAUUUAGAUAACAACAUCAGAAGCUAACAAAAAAUGAAGAAAGUGUUUCAAAAUGUUCCACAGAACUGUUUUUCAUGGUCACUUUUUUUUUUUUUUUUUUUGAAUGUAGACUAAGGAAUUCUGACAGUUUGCAGCAUUUCUGCCAACAUCUAUCAUUUGUUACUGAUUAAAUCCUAUCUCAAAUUUCUCUUAUGACUACCAGUAAUAAUUUAUUGCAGCUGAAUGUGAAAGUAUUUUUUCUAUAAAAGUAUUUCUCCUAUGAGGUAUUUUUUUUUCUUCCCAGGUUUUCAGAAACAACAACAAAAAAAAAGUAUGGAAUUCAACAAUAAUUAAGGUUUCUAGAGCUAUUUUGAAUCUACACAUGUAUAUUUAUAUGCAUACAUGGCACAUAUGUAUAUGUGCAACAGAUCAUGGCUCUGCACAAAAACUACAGCAGCCUGCCCUUCCCAACCUUCCAGCUCAAAAGAGGACAAAAACCAAAGCUUUUAGGUACUUUUUGAUAAAUAGGAAUUUUGCUUCAUGAUUUGCAUAGUACUCGUAUAUUCUUUUCCUUGAAUGUCUGAGAUACUAAAAUGUGUCAACUAUAAAGUACAUAUUUAAUAUAAAUAUAAACAAAAUGUAUGUAUAUAAAGGUGUAUUCUUGUUGGUAUGGUUGAGACUAGCAAUUCAUGGAGACAGCACAACUGUGGUGAUAUAACAGUGUAGUGACCAGUCAUUUACAUUAAGAUUCCAGUAACUAUACUUUUCUGCUAUAUUGUGUGUUCAACAAAACUUUACUAUGACAUUAACUUAUAAAUAUUGGAAAAGAAUGCUGGAUUCUUACCUUGGACUUGAAAAAAUAUGCAUGACAAUCUGCAGUUCUUCAAAGGUUCACUUAAAAUGAACAAAGCUAUACAGUAUGUGCGUACAUGUAAUUACAUAUUUGUACACAUUUAUCAUACCAGAUCUCUUCCACUACCAAGAUUCAACUACAGAAAUAUAGUUCCUUGUGAUUAAACUAUUUAAAUGUCACAAUAUGUCUGUAUCUGUAUAUAUUUCUACCAAGAAAAAAAAAAAGCCAUUAAACUACUGGUUUAAGAAUUUUAAAAGCAUAUUUUGCUGUUGUUUCAUGAAAAAUCAGACAUCUGUGUGAAGGCAAAGGGUGCCAGUUUUGUUUCAUAGCUCUGUGUGUAUUGUUUGAAGAAAAUUUUUCUUUUAUUUCAUAAUGUAGGUAGAUGAAAAUAUGAGAAAGAAAAAAAAUAAAACAGGCUGUUUCUUACUUAAAUUCAUUGCCUUCCGGAAUUCGACAUUUUCAUACUCAGCCAUUCCAUACUUUACAGCCAUGCUGCUGUUAAGUUACAUGUAUCUAAUAAUUUUAGUCAGGUCUCAACCAUUUACUGCUCUAUCUUAAAUCGUCUAGCUAAGGAAAUCUAGAGGAAGAUGCAAGAUACAAGCAGAAACUGAGUGCAUCACUUUGUCAAUUCAGUUUUAGGUCUGUUAAAGCCAUUGUGAAAUUUGGUAUUUAAGUUCCUAGGUACAAAAGUUGUCCCAUUAGUUUUUAGUACUUGUCUCAAUAGAAACAUCUAAGACUCGUUCUCAGAUAUGGACAUUUUCUUUUGAAGUCAGUUCACAGCACAGUUUAAUGCUUUAAGUACAGUUCUCUUUCUGGUUUUGUCCCCUUUCUGAAAAAAAUAACUUGUCUUGUUAAUGUAUACAGAAUUACUCAUUAACCCCAGCUCUUCUAUAAAAAACAAGGCUCUUACACUGUAGGUAGUACUUUUCCAAGAAGUUAUCCACACACCCAAUAUUAGCUGUAGAAUAUAGGUAUGUAGGUUUUCUUUAAUCUCAAUCAGAAAGGAGAGAAAAGUAAUCUUGAUUUUGGCAAUUGUAUUGAUUUUUAAUUAGUAGCAGUUUAAAUCAUUCUCAGAUGCGCACAGAAUGCAAGCACAAGCAGACUAGUGAUAAAAGUGAGUAAUCUAUUCCAUCAGUGACCAGCUGGUCUCUCUUUACAAGAGAGGGCUGAAGCCUGAUAGAGGCAUCAUCUUCCACCAGCUGGGUGCAUGUAAAGGUAAGUUUUCAAACUGCAGUCCAAUGCAUUUUAAUCUGGUAGUGCUGUGAACUGAUGCUUCAAAACUGAUUCUUGUAUGUGUUUUUCAAAACUGCUGGUAACUGAUUGUGCAAUCCAUUAAAGAGAAAAAGUACAAAAAGCCAGACUUAGCCCCUCAAUUAAAAUUUGGGAAUACUCCCGGAAGGAUCUGGUUGAUGCCCCUUGCAGGUAAGCCUGAGAAAAUAGAGUGUUGAUGGAAAAAGUGCCUCAAUCAUAAUAAAUUCAGAAAUGUUUAAAGGUUUUAGAGAUCUAACCUUUCAGGUGAUUUUUUUUACAUUAGCUUUAGCUAAAAGUCUUGUCUCUGCAAUGCUGUAGGUUGUUUUGCAUGCCAAAUCACAUGCAGUCUACAUUCUACAAGGUUUCAGCUUUAUUUCUUAGCCCUCUGCUCUGCCUCUUCAUGGACUUGCACUAAUUUGAGAGAGAAGCUCGAACACUGGAGCUUGAAUAAAAACUUAAGUUUACCCUGAGGAUAAGAAAUAGUGAGGGCUGGACUAUAUGGACUUUCAUAGGAACAAGAAACAUCAGAGAAUCUGGCCUGGCAACUGCUAACUCUUUCUAAACAUGACAAAUUGCGACUUCAAGAUCUUUUAUUUUUGUCAUUGCAAGAUAUGAAAAUUGCAUGGGAAAUUUUAUUUUCCACACAGAGAAGUCUGUUUCCAUAGAGAAACUCGUAUCUAAGUACCACUGUGUGUAAAUGUAUAUUUAUGUGAUAAUGCUAGAUAAUACUUUCCACUAACUUUCACUGCGUGAGCUUGUCAUGGUAGUUCCUAAGGUAUGCUCAGAUUCCCAUUCAAAGUUAAUUACAUGAUUCCUGUUUACCUCAGUGGGAGUUCAAUUGAGCUGUAUAGGAGUGAAGGAAUAGGUCAAAUUCACCUUUUCUAGCUAUAGACUCAUCCUCAGCAACACCUGCCUCACCUGUUCUUUACUGUAUUCAGCUAUUCCUGCUGAUGCUCAAGGUACCUCACAGAUGUAACUGGUUGGAAUUUGAGCCUUCUAUGUAUUCACGUGGCAGACACAUGCAUGUGUCUCUUGAAGAAUGUAGUGUGAAAUGCACUGUAAAAAGUUUUAAUAUACAUUUCUAUUAUACUUUAAUAAAAAUCCUAAUCAAAAUCACUA